AUGGCUGCCUCUCCCCCCGAUUAUUUGAACGGCCUGUCCCCCAGCACCAACCUCACCGGGCAGCGACAGUUCAAGAAGCACAAAGUUCUACCUCGUCCCCACAACGAUAAGGUGCAUGAACCCAUACACAACCCGCGGGUCGGGCCGAAGAAGUAUGACUUAAUCAUUGAUACUUCCCGUCCAACAACAAGAGACGACUCUACCAGGAGCCGCGGCGCCCAACCUUCCAGCCCCCGAACCCUCAAACACCAACCCCGGAGGAUAGGGAGCGGCCCUGACUUGCCACCCACCCCGCCAAGGCACUCGCGCAAGUCAUCUAGCAAUUCAUCUGGCCUGCCCUCUAGCCCUACCAUCGCCGACCCUGCUUUUCAGACGCCUCGGAAUGCGCCUGCACGACCACCCGCGACGCCCCCGAACCAAAGAAGCCCACCCACACCAGACGUAACACCACCUCAGCCUGCAACUCGCCCUGGAAUGUUGCGCCCGACUAUGAGCGAGCGCGCAGGAUCGAGGACCACGACCGCGAGCGGCUCCUUUAGGACUGCUCGAGAAGAGGCUUUCUCCUCCGAAGAAGACGAAAAGAAAUCAGCGGGCACCAAAACUUCCCUGUCAACCGUUCGCAAGGUACCCGAGAACAGGGGCACCCCCCGUGCUCCCGUACUUAACGGCCUGGGCUUGGCUCUUGCCAGCCUUUCCCCUCCAGAGGACAGCAACACGUCCCGGUCAGGGGAGGGUUUUAGCACCUUUGACGGAGAUUGGAGCUCCGUGAGCGAGGUCGAACAGGAAUGGGACGAUAAUUUGUUGAGAAUGGUAACGAUCAAGAAGAGACCCCAGGUCCUGGACACUGCGCGACCGAUUUCACAAGCAGCCAUCGUUGUUGAGCCAGACAUGGUAUCACCGACGCAAGCAACCAAGGCAGUGCGACAUAUGCCUUUGCACAAGAAACCUGACACCACCUCCACCAGGGGUAUCUCAAAUCGUGGAGCUCUUUCUACAGCUACCUCAAGCACGGGCACUUCUAUCAGCUCCGACGCUCGACGAACCUCUGUCAUCUCUACCAAAUCGACUAUUUCCACCGUAGUGGAAGCAGUCCUUGUGGACGGCCCUCCCCAGAGGCAGAGAACCUUGCGACAUGUGCGAAAGCAAGGCACCCUAAGGGGACCCGUUGACGCUUCCCCAAGCUCUACCGUCAAUUCUCUGAAAUCGGAGGCAUUCCCGAGAGAAUCACGUCCCAGGACUCGGCCUCAAGAUGGGAAACACGAUAGCUAUAUUUCAAACACGACAGGCCAUUCCAUCUCGAGUGGUAAAGCCAGACGCGAAGUUUGGAAAAAUGGUGGCAUUCCGGUAAUUAUCGUCCCUGAUCGGCGAUCCUCCAACAAAUCCCGGUCCAGGGAGCCUUCUCUACGAUCUCACUCCAGCAAACGGUCAAAUCAGACGCCUAGUGUCAACUCUAUACCCCUGGAUGUGUCGUCAGUCAAGGAUGCCAAGGAAGUUGGUCCGGUCUUCCCCAGACAAUCUCGACGAAGCAGAGCCUACUCCGAAUCAGAUGGCUCCGAUCAACGGACCAUUGACUUCCCUCCAGUUGUGCCGGCACGCUCAUCUUCUCUAUCGGCUCCAACUAGCCGCAAUACUUCACAGGCUGGCUCACGAGCCAGCUCGUUGACUGCAGAGAGCAUUAAGAUGCACAAUGCUCUGCAAGAAUCUCUUUUGAAGAAGCCUCAAGACAAACCUCAAGUGCCAGUGGUUCGCCUCCCGGAAGAUGCGACUGUUCGCCCGUUCAUUGCGAUUGAGCCGGAUAAAGACGAAUCUCAGCGUCGAUCAAGCAGCGAUCGCUACUCGGGGUUUCUCCUUGUAAAGAGCUAUGGGUCAUUGAAAACUCCAUUCUCUCUGGCGUCUAUGGAAACCAACGGAACUGCUCUUGAGGUUUCAGAGGCUUUGGCAGUUCAAAUGUACCCGCAUCAGAACUCCUCCGUGUUAAUGGUCGACCAUUCGGCUAAACCAUCCGAGUCCUCCAUUGAAACCCACAAUGAACCAGAACCCCGAGAGAUGCCCGCCAAACCAAAGAUCAAAUUGAUUGAUCCAUCGGGUGGGGGUCCUGUCACCCCCCCUCAGCCACAGUUCUCACUUGACGAUGUCGAUUCUCCGCUGCGAAACCCCAGGGCGCCUCCCGAGCCUCCAAUUGCGAGACAGAAACCUGGGCGCCGCCCUUCUAUCGUCCGUCGGGCACUCAGCCGUCGACGUCGUCAUUCUAUCGAUUAUCCGCCGACUACACCUAGGGCUCCGGGAUUUUUGACACGAACAUUUUCUCUUUCUCGUCAUAUCCGCAGUGGCCAAAGGAGCUCAUCUCGGGACAGGGGAUAUGGAGACAUGGAACGCGAAUCAUCGUAUCCCAGUCCUGAAGAAAAUCCGGCAGAAGAGGACAAAUUGCAUCCUUUCUGGCGUCCCCUGUGGUCUAGUGAGGAUGACGAGUGUGAUGGGAACUGCCACCAUCACCAUCACCAGGAUGAUUCCGUUGACGAUGUGGUAUACAGGUACCCACCUGUCAACAACCGACCCCAAAGAAACCUUAGCGCCAGGAUGAAGCGCACAUUCGCCAUUUUGCCUCCCCGAGACGAAGACCACUACUACGUCGAUGAGUGGCAAGGACCUGAGCGGCGCACAAUUCGACGAACUCCUAGUGGGAACCUCCGAGUCAUGCGACACCGGGCAAGCCUCGACUCCUUGAGACGAAACUACAAGCACGAUGAGGAAAUCCAUGCUGUAUCUGACGGCGAGGACAGGAGGCCCUUUUGGCGCCGAAACACCUUGCGCAGACGUGCCAGUAAGGAGAGGCACCGACUCUCUUUAGGGAGCAGACUGGAGGAGAUUCAGAACAUCCCACGAAAAAUUAGUGAGAAGAGACGUGAGAAGCGAACACAAGAGCUUCGCCAGAAAAUCAGUGGACCACGGGAAGUUCGCGAUGGAGUCGGAGACGUCAUUAGGUCAAGCACAUUCCGAGACCAGCACCGCCCCAAUGGACGAUUUUAG